AUGUGGUUUCAAAAUCCUCUAAUGAUCACCAUUCUCUUGGCCAGUUUGUUAUUGUUCCUCUCCCAAACUCAUGCCCAAAACUCCCCUCAAGACUACUUAGCUGCACACAACCGGGCUCGCGCCGGGGUUGGCGUCGGUCCCAUGGUAUGGAGCGACACCGUCGCCGCCUAUGCUCAGGCCUACGCUCAGGAAAGGAGUAAAGAUUGUGCCAUGGUUCACUCAACGGGGCCAUAUGGUGAGAACAUUGCGGCAGGCUACUACCCCGAGUUCUCUGGGGCCGAUGCCGUGAAGUUGUGGGUGGACGAGAAGCCUAAGUACGACUACGCCUCAAACUCGUGCAUCAGAGGCGAUUGUGGACACUACACUCAGGUGGUUUGGCGCACCUCCGUGCGACUUGGAUGCAGUCGAGUGAGCUGUCCAAAAUUGUCACAGUUUGUUGUAUGCAACUAUGAUCCUCCCGGAAACUAUAUAGGAGAAAGGCCUUAUGCUUCUCCCCUCUAA